CAGCUCGCUAUUGCCUUGAAGACGGGCGAACCUGUACCCAGCAAGGAGGAAGGUGUAGAAGCUGACCCAGAUUCUUGGCAGGUCUUUAGGUCCGUUGGUGCAGCAGAUUUCAAGGCUACGAGAGGAAGAUUGCUUCUGAUUCCUGCAGGAAGAAGAAGCAGGAAAAAAAAUCUCAAGAUGGAAAAUGUCCCCAAGGAAAGCAGGGGAGAGGAGCAGGUUCCAGUGCAGAAUGAGGAAGCCCGCCCUUUGGGAGGUGGUGAAGGCCAAGAACCUGGAGGAAACAUUAGAGGGGAAUGGGCUCCACCUGCCCAAGAUUUUAGAGAGGAUAUGCCCAAUAGGCUUGUCAAUAACAUUGACAUCAUAGAUGGAGAUGCAGAUGAUAUGGAAAGGUUCAUGGAGGAGAUGAGAGAGCUAAGGAGGAAAAUUAGGGAGCUUCAGUUGAGGUACAGUCUGCGCAUUCUUAUUGGAGAUCCUCCUCACCACGAUCAUCAUGAUGAAUUUUGCCUUAUGCCUUGAAUGCUGAGGUUAAUAAUCGUAAACCCCCCUGCUUCCCAAACUUGCAUUUUCUUGAUGUACCCUUUACUGUGAACCUUUCGUGUUCUGUCAUUUUU